UCUCCAAUUUACAUAAGUAUUAUCAUGCAAUAGGAUAUCCUGCUAAUAAUUAUGUCUUCUCUUGGUAAACAUAGUUUAUUUACUCUGCAUAAUUAUGUCUUGGUAAACAUAGUUUAUUUACUCUGCAUAAUUAUGUCUUGGUAAACAUAGUUUAUUUACUCUGCAUAAUGCAGUACCAACUGCCAUAUGUUUUUUGUCUCAAAGCUAUGCAGCCCCGCACAUGACAUCCAGAUGAAGAAAAAAUGGAUAUAGUGGCCAUGAAUCUAUAUUAUUUUCAUAACUUCAUUGCAACAUUUUCUUUAUUCACUCCAUUGUUAUAGUUAAAUCAUUGCCAAUUUGUACGAAUUUGUUCCUCUGACUAGACAGAUGCGUAGUUUAAUGCUAAAAUAGUCUUUGUCUAUCACACAAUAUGUUUUCUGUGAAAUAAUACUAGACAAACUAGCGCUACUGCUGACUACUUCUGACUGGUUCUCACUAUUGACAGCUGACUGUACUUGUACUUGACAGAUUGACAGCACUAUUGACUCUUCUAGACUCUAAACCAAGGCAAAAGUUAUGCAUUGUAUUCUAGCCUUUACCUAAAAUGAGUAAUCGUCAUGAAACACAAUUAGUCAUAGCAACAAAUUCUAAACUUGCAGCCACAAUAUUUCCUUCCCAACACCUUUGUUUUUUACAGAUAAUUAUUACUGGAUAUUAUAGUCAGAAAUGUUUACCUCAAAUAGUCUGCAUUGAAAAGAGAUUUAAACAGCUUAAUAAAAUGUCAACCUGUAGAGGGAGGGGUCAGAGGUGGUUCCUGGAAGAACAAAAAAAAUGAAAAGGUUUAUUUAUGGGUGUGUUUGUUGGGUGUGCUAUUAAAUAUUUGAGCUUUUGCCAUAACGACAAACACAUUCUCACAGUUGUUACACAUUAGAUAAGCGAGAAAGUCAUCUGAAUGGUUUUGUAUCUCCAUAUGAAGUCGGUAUCCAUUUACUUCAUAAGCUCUGGCUGAACAAACCCAGUGCUCUUACCCUGGAAAACUCACUGUACAUUGAGAGUGAUUGUUUUGAACUGACUUGCUAAACAGAGCUAAUUCAUUAUGGCACGUGAACAAGACUACUACAAUAUCAUGUAUGGCCUGCAGGAGCUUGAUUUUGAAGGGAAAGUAGUGCCCAGUGAUCUUGUACUAAUAGGUGAACAUGCCUUUCCACUUGCCAUGAAUCCAAGAGGUCAGGUGCUAAUGGCCGCAUCUCAUUACGGUCAGGGACGUGUGGUGGUGUUGGGACAUGAGCAAUACCUAACAAGCUUCCCUGGCCUGAUAGAGAAUGCCCUAAUGUGGCUCAUGCCAUGUACCGGUGAUGCUGGCGUUGUAGGGAUUCAGAAGAGUUUACGUUCACUAGCUGAAAACUUGAACUACUGCCCUAUCAAGACAGAGCUAGGAGACUUUCAGAAUGGAUUAGCUAUAUAUAUCACAGAUGCUUACAGUGUCGAGAGCUGUGCAAAGGAUCUGAUCGCUUUCAUCAAAGCUGGGGGUGGCUUGAUCAUUGCCGGCCAGGCCUGGAGUUGGGCUGAAGCCCACCCAGAAGAAAACACUUUAAGGAACUUCCCAGGAAACAAAGUGUGCAGUGUUGCAGGAAUUUACUUCUCGGAACACCAAGGAGAAGUUGGCAUCUUUCCUGUUCCAGGAAGCAUCCCUUCCAGUUGGCUUUCUGUAUCGAUAGGCAAGGACUUUAAAGAUGACCUACAGUUCCUGCUAGAAGGUGUGUCUGAGUUUGAUGUCCAAGGUGGGGCUAUAUCAUCUGAGGUGAUGGUGCACGGACCAUUAGCAUUUCCUAUCGCAGUUACUCCAGCUGGAAAAGCAUUCAUUGCUGGUGCCUAUUAUGGGCAAGGUCGUGUAAUCCUGCUUUCACAUGAAGGCUUCAUGGGACGGGAAUCUCUGUCCACUUUCCUGAUCAACGCUAUCAAGUGGCUGGACGAGGGUCGCAAGGGUGCUAUUGGGAUUCUACCCAACCUAAAGGGAGCCCACACAGUACUGAGCAAAUCUGGUUUAGAUUGCCAGUUAACUGGUUUUAAAGAAGAUCUAAGUGUUUAUGUUUGCACUUCAUACAGUGAUGCCCAGUGUGCAGAGAUUCAAGAAUUUGUGGCUGAAGGCGGUGGUCUUAUGAUUGGGGGUCAUGCCUGGUAUUGGGCCCAGACCCACUGCAGCUGCAAUGUGAUGACUGAUUAUCCAGGAAAUCACAUUCUUAAUAAAAUGGGAUUGUGUCUCUUGGGCAGCACUUUGGGUGGAGGGUUAUACAAAGCCCCAGAAAUUGAGCAUAGUUGUAAAGAGGGGUACCACUUUCGUAGCAUGCUGCAUCGGUUUGCUGAACAUGUAAGCCUGGGGAAAGAACUGACUAGUCAUGAACAGAGCUGCUUAAAACAGCUGGGCAAUGACUGUGCCAGUUACCUUCGCAUGCAAUCUCAUGACAGUACUGCCUAUACUUCAGUGGUAGGUCUUCUUAGUGACAUAGUGAAGGAGGUAGGUGUUCCACAAGUGUGUAGUAACUGCCCUGUUCAAAGUGCAAAGGACCAUCUGAUGCUCCGUGUUGGGACUGAGAUUUACAAGGUGUCACCUGAUCCUGAUGCCCUUCUUCCAUACAUCAUUAAGGACAGACCUAACUUGCCAACUGUGUCUAAUGCAAGAGUUCAGAUCACUGCCAACACUGGAGCUUGUGAAGAAUGGAUAAGCACAGGUUUAUAUCUUUCUCCUGGAAUGAAGACGUACAUAGCAGUACCUCCAGAGAUUGUUGGGAAAAAAUGGCAGGUGCAGCUUGGUUGUCAAACAGAUAAUAUUGGUGGAGCAGACGUUCUGAAACGGGCUCCUGUGGUCCAUGAGCGAUUCCCUUUGGACACAGAGAUGGUUCAAGUCUGCAAUCUAUGGGGAGGGCUCAUCUACCUAAUAGCACCUCCUCAAAGCGAAGUGGAUGGGGUGGAAAUUGUCGUGCAGGUGUCAGUACAGGCUCCAUAUUUCAAGUCUGGAGUGACCAGUGUAGCUGACUGGGUGGACGGGAUCCGUCAAGCACCUGCCCCCUGGGCAGAGCUUGAGUUUGAGAACAUCAUCAUGACUUUAGAAUCAGAAUAUAUAAGGAAUCUGGACUGCCCUGAUGAGGUGGCUAAACUUUGGGACAGCAUAAUGAGAAGCAUCGCUGACCUUGCAGCAAGGCCUCCCAAGUUUCCCCGCAAGGAGCGGUUUGUUGCAGAUGUUCAGAUCUCUCAUGGUUUCAUGCAUGCUGGAUAUCCUAUCAUGAUGCACUCCACCUCUGCCCCAGCUCUAGUAAAUGUGCAGCAAGCCUAUAAAAGUGGUAUUUGGGGAUCCAUUCACGAGCUGGGUCAUAACCAACAGCGUGGAGUUUGGGAGUUCCCUCCACACACCACCGAGUGCACUUGCAACCUUUGGUCUGUGUAUGUGCAUGAGGAAGUGCUGGGUUUAAAUAGGUCAAAUGCUCAUCCAGCCAUGACUCUAGAAAACCGCCAGGCUCGUACCAAGAUGUAUUGCAGUGGCGGUAAAGAUUUAAAAAGUUGGACUAUGUGGACAGCACUCGAGACAUACAUGCAGUUACAGGAAAAAUUUGGCUGGGAUGCUUUCAAAAAAGUUUUUACAGCCUACCAUGAUAUGAAAGGAGUGCCAAAAGACAAUGCAGGCAAGAUGAAUCUAUAUGCUGAGACCUUCUCCAAGGUGGUCAACCUGAAUCUUUGCCCUUUCUUUAAAGCGUGGGGUUGGCCCAUCGAGCCCAGCACACAAGAAAAGAUCUCUCAUCUCCCUGAAUGGAAUGACCAUCCUAUGGUCCAGUAUGCAUAGGAACAUCUAAGAUAGUGUUAAAAAUGUACAGUGCCAGUUUUAAUCUAAUGGGUUAGAUUAAGUAUAAAAAUGAUAAAUGCUUACUUGGAAUGUCACAGAAGUUAACCUUUCUUAUAAGUACAUAGAUGGGCAAUUGAUUCAUGUCAGUUUAAGUUAUGGAAUAUUCAGAGCACUUGAUAUUAAUUAAAGGUGGCAGUAGGCUAGUGGGCUAAGGUUAAACAGAAUCACACAUUAUACUUUUCAUAAAUACUGAAAACUGCGUGAACUGCAAUAAACAGUAUGGCAUGGUGUAUUUCCUUUCCUUUUUUCUAUCAAAGAGAAUAAAUCAUAUAUAUUAUUUUAUAAGACUCUGAAUGGUGCAUAAUGUUUAUGUGAUUUGAAAAUACAGAAUAAAGCCCUGUUGCAAAUGCU